AUGGCCCAAAGUGAAAAGAAAGACGAGCCAUUGGAAUGUGGCAUGAUUUUUUACGAUAAGGAGGCUCGGCUUGACUGGCGAUCUAGUGGAGUCAGCACUUUCAAGUUCUUCCAACAAGGCCAGCUGACAGAUUCUGGGAUGAUAGGCACAAGUGAUAGCCAUAUCCGUUGCCAUGGUAUCUGCUCGUGGAGAACAGUUUCUCUCAGCUUGGCCAUGCCAUAUGAAGUAGUCCCUGAUGUACUUGCAUUAAUAGAAAGGACAGAACCACUUUCAAGGGGUUCAGCACUGGCUCUCAAUAGGAGUGGCCAACGACUGCUCGAAGAAGAAAGCCCGUUGGGUUACGACAGACUCCCGCAUUAUGAGGAAAUACACAAUCAGAAAAUCGUCGCGAUGGGGCACUGGUUUUAUGUGUGGACAUCAGUUUACCUCGGGGGCCUUUCUUGGACACCGGAGCCGUAUUCAACAGAUAAAGAUCCAAAUUAUGGGGCGGAGGGUGGGACGGUUCGGGGUCAAGCGACGGAUACGGAGUUGUCCCACUGGAAGCCAUUUGUCUUCAAAAACAACAGAGAAUUUGCACAUAGUGCUUUGAAAGCCCUGCACUCCAGUCUUCGUGGAUAUCGAACCAUAGGAACCUCGACCACCGAAACUGCCGACGAUAGAGCUGAUCGGGAUGAGAGUGCCAUGGAACAUCCAAGCAGACAUUGGCGGCAUAUUGUCUGCAUUGAUCGCAUCCUGGUCACCCCAAGAACAAAGCCGAUUUCAUGUUCUCCGGUCGUGCUGUCUCAUCGACAGCCAUCAUUGUUGACUGUACUGAUUGAUGGGAUCCCUCUCUGCCGCUACCUCCGACAAUGGUUCUCCAUGAUCCUGCUAUGGAAGCUCGUUCUCGAGGGCUUCAGAACUGACGCUGUAGCCUUUCGACCAAGGGCUGCGGUGGAAGCAACUGAAGCGCUCUUUUGCGCAACACUAUUCGAGUGGUCACGAUCAUGCACCAUCUGGCCUACUAAGCAGGAGACCCGAAUGGGGCGGCGUAAUGUCACCACUUAA